AUGGCAGACGUACAGUUGCGCGUGCUGACCAACAGCCUGCGGAUGGAGCCGGUGGUGGCGGCGGCGGCGGCGGCCGAGGCGGAGGUGGUGGCGGCCGCGGUGGCGGAGGCGGAGGCCGAGUUGGCGCCCGACGUGCUGCCCGUGGGCGGGGAGCGCGCUCGCCGCCUGGCGGAGCUGUCCGCCAAGCUGUACCCCGGCGGGUUGGUGCGCGUGGGCAGCGUGGGUGGAGGCAAGGGCUGCGUGCUGCCGGCGGCCUACGUGCCGCACGUGGAGGCCGUGCGAGGGAUGGCCGUGCGCCCGGACGACGUGUGGGUGGUGGCGCCCCCCAAGUGCGGUACCACGUGGAUGCAAGAACUCGUGUGGCUCUUAGUCAACAAUCUAGAUUUUGAUGCGGCGAAACAACAGCCAUUGGUGGACAGAUUUCCAAAUUUAGAAGAAGCCAAGGAUGUUGCAGUAUCGUACUUCCACCACGAUCGUCUUCUAAAUGGAUACUCAGGAGAUCAAGACUUUCAUUUUGAGUGCUUCAUGGAGGACCUUCUGAUUUAUACUCCAUUUUGGGAUCACGUUCUGGAAUUUUGGGAGAUGAGGAAGCAGAAACCGAAUAUUUUAUUCGUGUUAUUUGAAGACAUGAAAAAAGACCUGCCGGCGACGAUCCGCAAGGUGGCCACGUUCCUGGGGCGGGAGGUGUCGGCGGCGCAGGUGGCGGGCCUGAGCGACCACCUGGACUUCCAGAGCAUGCGCGACAACCCGGCGGUGAACCGGGUGCCGCAGCUGGAGGCCGAGCGCGGGCCGCUGGCGCCCGAGCAGCGCUUCCUGCGGCGCGGGGAGGUGGGCGACGGCCGGCGCGUCAUGGCGCCCACCACGGCCGCGCGCCUCGACACCUGGUCGCGCCAGCACCUCGCCGGCUCCGACUUCCCCUGGCGCCCCUAG